CGUAUGUGGAUUUUGUGGCUACUGUGCCCGUGACAAUGACAACCUGAAUCGUCACAUCCGGACUCAUACUGGAGAGAAGCCCUUCGCCUGUCCUUACUGUCCACACCGCACAACACAAAAGAGCCAUCUAAAGAACCACAUAGCCUUGAGACAUGAAAAGGAGUUGGCAGAAUCCCCCAAAAGUUUUUAAGAAAUUUGAUUUAAUUUGUGGAGCGGACAUGUAUAAUGCAGCUGCCAUAAACAAGCACCAUGAAGGGUCGAUGAGGACCACUGUACCCCACAUGGUCCUACCUCCUCCCUCAGCUCCCCUUCCUGUUCGAAGACCAGUUUCCCAGGUGUCACAGGAAGGGAGCAGAAGAGAUUAUAAGUGCAAGGUGUGCGGUUACCAGGCCAUCAGUGAAUCCAAACUCACCAUACACAUCCGCAAGCACACUGGGGAAAAGCCAUUUGUUUGUCCAUUUUGCUCCUACAGAUGUGCACACAAGAGUAAUCUCAUAACUCAUGUGAAAACACGUCAUGCAGAGCAAGGCCAGCCAUAAAUGAAUGAUCUUGAAACUGGGGAAAAGUGAAGAAUGGGAAUGGACUUGUCCAAAGCAGCCAGUUGCCGGCACCGUGAGGGGCAGGUGACAUCUGUUUAUCCCACUGGUGUGUUUCUGCCUUCUUAUAAGUCUUCCUCAGGAGGAAGACCAAUUGCCCAGUUAUCUCAGGAGGCAAACAGGAGAGAAUUUAAAUGUCAAACAUGUGGAUAUCAGGCAAUCAGCGAAUCUAAGCUCACC